AAGGUGAGGUGGCAAGACUUUGACCAGGACCUAUAUGUUGGUGCUACGGUGGUGCGGCCGGGGCAGGAUCCCUACGCUCGCAACAAGUUCAACCAGGUGGAGAGUGACAAGCUCAGGAUGGACCGCGGAGUCCCUGACACUAGACAUGACCAGUAAGUCUCCAUUCAACCUCUGUCAUGGGUGGAAUUAAGUAAUGAAGAAAUGGGAACAGAAUGAAAUAAUUUUCGCUGAAUUCCUGAUGAUUUUACUGCAGUGAGUAGUAGAGUGAUUAAUCAGUGAACUUGCCCAUUAGUAAUGUCCUAUGGGGAAAAACUGGGAGCUCAUGCUGUCAUCUGAUUAUCAGGAGGGCAAAAUUAAUCAGAGACAGAAGUAUAUAGUGUACAUCUUUCUUGUUCCUCCCCCUUAACACUUAACAGGGUUUCUUCUGAUGGUGCCUCAAUAUAACCUAACUAAACCUCACAAUAACACUGGACAGUCUAGCAGAGACCUCUGGCAUGAUCAUCUGAAGCUCCCAAUUGGCUCGCUCACUCACUAUCUUAUUUUCAAAGACAAACUGCUCAAAGAUCAAAGUAAGUGCAGGUCCUCUGGGAAAAAUACAGGCGUAUAGAUGGCUUAUUGUGGGGGGCACGAUGGUAGAUUGAUAGUGAGUUACACUUCCAUUUUCUUCCUUGUUGGAGCAGUUGAUGAUGACUCGAUGGUGCCUGUAGUUCUUUAUACAACGGGUGGGCCUAAUCCUGGAUGCUGAUUGGUUAAAACCGCAUUCCAGCCGGUGUCUAUUCCACAAGUUACCACCGGCUAAAUCUAUGCCGUUGAUUUCUUUUAGACUAGCAUUUGAUUUUCAAUAUUGAAAUUUGAUCUCCAGCUGUCCCAUAGUAAUUAAAGUAUCGGGACGAGACAGACAGGCAGGCAGCUUUUCUCAGUCAGUCGAAAUCAUGAAUCAGCUGGCAUCAUUUUUAUGGAUAUAUACAAAGAAAAUGUCAAUAGAAAAAUGAAAUGAAGUGCAGCUAGUUUGAUGUCUUUCCAGCUUCAGUUUGAAGUGAUUGUGUUAGGUGUGUUGUUGGCCAGCUCCUCUGAACAACAGUGUCCUGACGAGAGUGCACAUUUUCUAUGCUAGGCGAAAUCGUUCAUCAUUAUCUCAUUGUUAUGCGUGUAUCCAAGUAAAUGUCACUAGAAAACAGCUUAAACAAAUGCAAAUGCAGCUACUUUGCUGAUAUUCUGGCUGUGCUGUUUGACGUGACUGUAAGUUAGCUGUAGUUAGCUAGCUAGCAAGCCAGGGAUAAGGACUAUAUCUUGUGGAAGGAUUAAAUAGUAUGAAUAAAUUCAUCAAAAAAACAUUUUUUAUGAAAAUAUGUAAAUCAUUAUUUGAAUAUGUUGGUAAUCCAUUGUAUAAAAGUGAUAAUGCCCUCGAAGCUGAUGUUUGGAGAAUAUAUUGGCACGGUUUGCUGGCCCUUGACUUAGUCUCGGCCUAACAACACCCGUGCCAAUAUAUCCUCCAAACACCGGCAUCGAGGGCAUUAUCAGUUAAUUGAGGUCCAACGAUGUCAAUGUCCUGCUUGAUUUAUGUCUGUGGAUGGGCCAGGUCAAUAGAGCUUAGAUGGAUACUCCAGAGAGAACCUUCAGAUAACAGGAAGCCCACUCUGGAAGAGCUUCAUCCAUCAUCCCUGUCAGUUUAACAUAUUCAUCUCACUCUCAUCAUCCAGUUAGAGAAUCACUGCUUUUUUAUUUGCCCGGGGAGCCUCUGUGGCCCCUCUCUUAUACCCUCGGAUUUCCAUAACGUUUGAAUAUCGGACAAUGCAAAGCGAAUUAGCAUGAGAUUUAUCUUCAUGCGUGUAAUGGAUUCUUUAUCUCUUUGGGAGGGUGUACAUGGCCAAGUGGGUCGUUUUGUGAGGGAAAUGGCUGUGACUAAGGCAGGUGCCCAGGGACUUCCCCAAUAGUGCAAUAUCAGAUUGAUGGAAGUGCCCCUUUUUAUCUCUGAUGCCCAGUCAUCCACCACUGCUUUGGGUAUUCUGAGGUUGAGGCCUUUUGGCCCUGUGGCACACAGCUUGUUACAAGAGAAAAUAUCGAAGAGAGUGAAGGGGUGGCAUGGGGCAGGAUGAUCCAUCAAAGUGGAUACAAUUGACAAGGGACAGGUUGUGGAAGAGUGGGGGAGCACAGAGGCCAAUGUGUUGGAAUGCUAAUGAGAGGGAGCGGUCGGUGGCUGUAACAAAGUGGCUUUCCCUCUGGCAUUCUGAUUAAUGUUUUCAGGGGGCCCAGGAGUCGCCCCUGCUCCUCUGGUCGUCAACUUUAUUUGCCACAUUGGUACCCUCAUGUCAGCCCGAGGAGCGAUGCUCAAAGGUACAAUUGAUUAUCCUGUGGCCUUCCCCCCUGUGCUCCCUGGGACCUGGAGCACUAUCCCUGCCCAGAUAUCAGGAUAGGAGGGCCAAAUCCAUAUGUCAUGAGUAAGUCUGAACGUUGUGGUUUUGGGCCUCAGCAGUGGAUUGAAAUGUCUACUACUCCUGUCUGGUAUAGGUACAGGAGUUUUCCCUAUAGGGCUUGUGUAUGUUGACUCAUAAGAUUACACCACUGAUUUCUGGCAGGUUUUCGUGCUAUUUUCCUGAUACUCUACACAGCAUGGACCAAAUAUGACAUUGGCCAGAUGUAGCAGGCAUUGAAACAAUGUUGAUUUAGCUACAAUAUAACAUCUGAUCAAUAUUCUGUUGACUGCAGUGUUCUUCAGUGGCCACAAAUGAAUAUAUUCAGCUAAGCAUUUCUGCCACUCUGUGAAAACACUUUCUCCUGCUUUCCCAUCCGGCUGAUGCAAAUAUAAUAGUGGGUGGGCACUGGGCGGUAAACAAAACAAAAAUCUCUGGAAGUCGAUCCAUAUUUAUAAGUCAUUGCCGUCUGCAAUUAAAGCCUGAUUAUUCAAAAGCAUGAUUAUGGUAUGGGUGUGAGUAAAAUAUGUAUUUGUGUGUCACUCACAGCAGUCUAGACAACUGCUCAUACUGUACCUGCAUAUCUAAUUGGAAUUGGGCAAUCGUUCAGUUGACAGUAACAUAUGUAAAAUGGCCAUUUUUAACCAUCCACAGGUUUGAUCAUCAUUUUCUCUCCAUAAUGAUUUAUUUUCCUGUUCAUUUCUCAUGACAUUUUUGCUGGUCUUGGACAAACAUUCUUGUUUCUGCAUGUACUGGAUGAAUCAGUAGCUUGUUUACAGUUGUUCCUGGAGCUGCAGGACAAAUACAUUCCAGUCUAAAAAAAUAAGUAAAUGGUACUGCUUACAUUACAUGGUGUUCCCAGAAUUAACUUAAAAUAUCCAAUUUAAUUACAGAUUUUGGAAUCACUAGGGAGAGCAGUAUAGUAUGACUUAAUUCACCAGUAAGUAAUGGUUUGGGGAGGCCUGUGGUGUUCUUAGCUAACACAGAGCUCACCAUCUCUCAUUAUCGUCUGUGGGUCCCACUAGCAAAAGAGCCUGGAGUUUGAUGUUACUCAACUCUGUCUCCACAAAGACCUUAAAGACCCCUUAAAAUACCUAAAUAUGCUCUCGGAGUUGUAGCAUGUGACUACUAUCUCAUUCAUGUGUCAUACACUAAGCAUUUAGCCACAUCACCAUACUGUACAUAGGUCUCCUGUGAGCGCCUGUGGUUUAUGACUGGGGCGAGUAUGCAGGAAGUCUUGUCAGGAAGGUCUGUGUCCGAGCACAGGCUUCCUAUUGAUCCUUUGACAAGUCUGCCCAUACUUUGUCAGGAGUUGUAGUUCAGUAACUGACGCGUGCUUCUGGCUGUGGUCAGUGCAUCUGCAGGAAAGUUCUCCAAAUGGAAUGCAGGGUCACUUCUACUGCCAAUAAAGCAGUCAUCUGGAACCAGGCUAAAAUAUUGCAGUCAUCAGGAACCAGGCUGAAUGUGAACAUCGAUAUUUCAGCUUUUUGUCUUCUCUCCUCUUGUGUGGAUGAGUAUUGCGAUGAAUGCUACAACAACGGCACACCAAAUGCCCUCUUUCAGCUUUCACCCUGUCCUGUUAGUUUUAAGAAGGAAAUGGGGAAGAAUUCACAGUGAUUGAUUUGUUUAUUCCAGGGGUACCGCAUUCUGAUUUAAUUUCCCCUGUGUCUGUAGAGAGCUGUAACUUUUAGGAGGGGAUUGAAUUGUAUCUCUCACCAGUCAAUGUGCCAGGUUCACAGUAUGUGCUCCAGUGCUGAGGUCUCUGUAUACAUAGUGGCUGGAUAUCAGUGCCAGGGGGUGGCACAUUGAUUUGUUUGCUUCACCAGCUUGGCUCCUCUCACUGUGUGUGUGUGGGUUGAAGUGUGUGGGAGUUAAAUCCACGCCGGUUCACUAUAUAUGGCCGUAGUUGUCUGUGUAUUUGAAUCAGGGAUAGGUUUCCUCUGUAGUUGACAUUAAAGUAGUUUCUCAAUUGAUAUGAUUCUGUGAAAACUAUCUUUAUUGUACAUAUUGGUUUCCAUGACACUCUACAGGAUUAGGCCAGUGUCUUUGAAAGUGUCAUGUCUUCUUCACUGAGAAUUGAGUUUGAGCUCUCCCAGUGUCUCUGGCUGAAACUGUUGGCAUGCGAGUGAAAGAGGACGAUUCGGAGGACCAUUUCUCAACGGAGCACGUCACGGGUACUUCCUGUUUGAGCUUCUGCUUGUAGACAGGAAGCAGGAGUAUAGAGUCAUGAUCUGAUUUUCCGAAUGGGGGAUGAGGGAGGGCCUUGUAUGCUUGCUUGUGGUCUAGGACUUUAUCGCCCCUAGUUGCGAAGGAGACGUAUUGAUGGAAGUUGGGAAUUAUGUGUCUUAAUGACGCAGAAUUAAAAUCACUGGCAACAAGGAAAGUCGAUGCAUGGUUUCCUGCUUGUUUAUAGCCUAGUACAGCUUGUUAAGUGCCAGCUUGUUGUUUUUCUUGUUCUGAGGUGGAAUAUAUACAGCAGUCACGAUAACAGAUGAAAACCUUCUCUGGAGGUAGAAGGGGCGGCAUUUGACCAUCAGGUGUUACAAGACGGAUGAACAAUGGGUUGAGACUUCCAUUGCGCUGGAGUCGGCACACCAUUUGCUGUUGAUGAAGAGGCAUACCACUCCCCCUCUCGAUUUCCCUGAAUCCAAUGUCCUGUCUGCUCUUUGAAUGGAGAAUCCAUUGAGUUGGAUAUCCAUGGGGGGUAUUUUGUCCGAAAGCCAUGUUUCAGAAAAGCAGAGGAUAUUGCAGUUAUGAGAGUACUGUUGAUAGCAAAUCCAUUUUAUUAUCAAGAGACUGUACAUUGGCCAAUAGAAUGGAGGGAAAAUGUGUCCGGUUUUCCCUUCACCAGGGCUCGCCCUCUCCUGCCUCUUUUUCGCCGGCGUUUCCUUUUGGAUAGCCUGAAAAUUGGAUAGGAAUUACACAAAGAGAAGAAAUGUUAGUGGAUACAUGUUGUGCAAAAAGAUAAACGACAGAAGAAUCACAAAAUAGCAAAGUUGGGUCGGAGCUCGCAAGACGACAGCCAUACAGUACUGUCUCUGCACUACCUGUGGCUGUCCGUCCAGCACCAUCGGACACUUAGGUGGGAGAUUCUGCCUCCUCUGAUUCUUGUCACAACAGAGCCUUGUGUCUGUUUAAAACCAAUCAAAAUGGAUGCCUUUUAUUUCGGUGUCCUUUUUUUGUUGUUGACCAUCUUAAAUUGCUUGGCUUCUUGACUCUUCAGACAGACCAUUAACUUGGAUGGCAGGAGGCAUGCUGGAGGCCGCUGGUCUUAAUUGGAAUGUUUUAUGUAUUGUCUGUUGUCCACCCAGCGGGGACUCUGUAACCGCUGUAUGCAUUUUGGCCACUCUCUCCAAUUCUAAUGAAGUGUUCUCAGUGUACACUGCCGGAUACAUAUUUAAUGAGAAAGGUGAGCGGGUUACAUUAUGAAGUGCUGAAUGGCGUGCACGCGAGGAGGGCACCAAAGGACCAGGCAGUAGGCUAUACAAAGCAACUCGUCAGCUGUGCUUGUUUUUUAUAUCCCCUCCCUACAGUAUCUUGUUACUGACACCUCAUUUCUAUUACGGAGCUCAGAGGGAUCUACAUUACAUGCCAUACAUGAAGUAUGAAGCCUAAUUGUUGUCUGUGCAAUGAAAAGGGAGUGCCACAGUUUGUUUGUUUGGUACAGCAAGCCGGUGUCAAGGGCUUGGUUAAGCCGGGGAUGGUUUACUAGACUAGUUUACAUCCAUUUGAAGAACAGAGAAGCAGCCUUCAGCAGGACUUUAAUGUGAAUGCAGUCCUAAAGGUAAUGUGGGUUAGGAAUUCAAGUAUUUCUAUUUUAAAUACUUAUUUUCUGUGUAUUUUAGUAUUUUCAAAUUAUGUGGCCAAUUCACCUACUUCUUCUAUUUUCAAAUAGCCUACUUUUUUCCAAAUACAUGUCUAAUACUCCUAAGACCAACCAGACCUGGGUUCAAAUGCAUGGGGUAUUUAAAUAUUUGUAUUUGAAAAUACACUGAGUAUUUUCAGUAUUUGAGUAUGUAUUUCAGUAUUUUUCUUGGCCCAGAUGAUACAGUACUCGCUGUGCUCUGUACUGUGUGGACUAGUCCCAUAGUUGACCUCUGCUCUGGGAGCUAUGAACAGCCAUUUUUUGCCUGGAGUGAUUCCUGCAAAGGGAGGGUCGUGUCUUGUCUUGUAACUCCUAUAGGAAGCAUUGAUUGACGUCAAAGCCUUACUCUAGUCUUGUCCCUCCAUUUCUCCAUCUCCUCUCUCUCUCGCUCUCUCUCUCCAAGGAGGCUCGUCGUGGGCACUCUCUGUGUCGAUGGCUUUGACGUGGGGAACCGCUGCGCUCUCUCACCCGUACUCAAAGCCGAAGCUGCUGGUGACUGAGCUCUAGCGGAUUAGCCCAUCUCUGUCAUAUUGAAAUCUUAAGGGUCUGAGCCUCCUUCGCUUAAGCAAGCAAGACUUGCUGUCAAUCACAUCUUCACCAAACCGUCACAAGAGUGUGUGCAAAAUAGAGCCUAUUUUUAUAUAGGUUACAGAUAGAAUACAUUUGUCUGGGCCCGGAGAUUUAAACUCCAAAAGCUAGUUAUUCAGCCAGCGUAUUGGAGCACACAACACCAGCUAACUUUUGUUUCUCUUGUUUAAAGGUAGAUAAUUGGUCCUUUUUGGCCAUUGAGUGUGUUUUCAGUGCCCUAAUGAAUUUGCGUGUUUUCCUGUCUCCCUCAGCUGCCGGCAUAAACAGUGGAAGACCGAGCUGCCUGCUUCUAGUGUGGUCAUCACCUUCCACAAUGAGGCUCGCUCGGCUCUGCUCCGCACCGUGGUCAGGUGAGCACACACACACACACUAACAGGCUAGGCCUAGAGAUACUAUCCCGUCUAACACUCUCCUCUGCCGUCCCUCCCUCCCUCCCCCUCCAGUGUUCUUAAGAAGAGUCCCCCGCACCUCGUCAAGGAGAUUAUCCUGGUGGACGAUUACAGCGACAACCGUGAGUUGCUGUUUGAUGAGUUGUCAUAACUCUCUCUCUUUUGACCUGUGCCUCUGUCACUCUGGAUCAGUACUGGCACUGGUUUAGAGGUUCCAGGCCCUUCUCUCCCCCACCACCCGGUCUGUAAACUAAAGCCCCUGUCCUGAACCAUCGCAGAGCCUCCCUCCCUCUUAACUCUGGGUGACCCCAAUCCUAAGGGCACAUGCCUCUUGCUUGGGCUUUGAUGGCUGUGCACUCCAGACACUUUAACAUGUGGUUUUUUAUAGAGGUCUCUUGUUGUACAUAGAUAGAUAGAUUGAAGCGACUUUGAUCUUUGAGUCGUUCUAGAGUUGUUGUCCGUCAGACAGUGUCUGGGCCACUGAGUAAACCAUUAGUCCCGCUUUAAAUGAAACCAAACUUUUAAGGCUGAAUAAAGUCUUCAUAAACCCGUUAUAAUGCCUAUAUAGAUGUGUAUUUGACAUGUAUAAAGAUGGUUUAUUUUAGUAACCAAAAGUUUUGUGGUUCAGCUGAGGAUGGAGCCUUGUUGGGGAAAAUUGAGAAGAUCCGGGUUCUUCGAAACGAUCGACGAGAAGGUGAGUGGACGAAUGGGAAAAGGAAUACAACUGCUAGUUGGAAAUGAAUAGUCAGGCUUCAUUCAUCAUAGUAUUUGAUGCCCAUUUUUAUUGACCUUGUCCAACACUGCAUGUACCCUAAUCAGUGAUUUGCCAGUUGUAAAAGCAGAGAAGGAUCAUUAGGGCUAGGAAAGGGUUUAGAGACUUUAAAACAGAGUCCUGAUUGUUAGGUCAAUUCUCAUGAAAAGCACUGAACAGGUUUAUAGGGGCCAAUGGGGAGAAAAUAUACACUCCAAAACAAUGAAGAGUUUGUAACAAGCAGAGUAUGUUUUUGGAAAGUGCUUUGUGUGCUGUCCAAUAGAAAGAACAUUGGGCCAAAAAUACCUGGCUGCAGUCCUCUGUUCAUUAUCACUAUCUCUACAAAACUGAUUAUCAUUUACAACUCCAAAAUAGCACACUGCACCUCUCAACCAACUAAGCAUUAAUUUGAUGAUCUAACCUGGGGUCAAAGAAGUUAAUAUGAGCUAGCACUUCGGCAAAGAUGACUUCAAACCAAGUCCAUUAAAACAUACUAAUUAAAAACACUGAGUGUACAAAACAUUAAGAACACCUUCGUAAUCUUUGACCUCAGAACAGCCUCAUUUCUUGGAGCAUGGACUCUACAAGGUGUCUAAAGCAUUCCACAGGGAUGCUGGCCCAUGUUGACUCCAAUGUUUCCCACAGUUGUAUCAAGUUGGCUGGAUGUCCUUUGGGUGGUGGACCAUUCUUGAUACACACAGGACACUGUUGAGCAUGAAAAACCCAGCAGUGUUGCAGUUCUUGACACAAACCGGUGCGCCCGGCACCUACUACCAUACCCCGUUCAAAGGCACUUAAAUCUUGUCUUGCCCAUUCACCCUUUGAAUGGCACACAUAAAGUGGGGGAAAAAAGUAUUUAGUCAGCCACCAAUUGUGCAUGUUCUCCCACUUAAAAAGAUGAGAGAGGCCUGUAAUUUUCAUCAUAGGUACACGUCAACUAUGACAGACAAAUUGAGAAAGAAAAUCCAGAAAAUCACAUUGUAGGAUUUUUAAUGAAUUUAUUUGCAAAUUAUGGUGGAAAAUAAGUAUUUGGUCACCUACAAACAAGCAAGAUUUCUGGCUCUCACAGACCUGUAACUUCUUCUUUAAGAGGCUCCUCUGUCCUCCACUCGUUACCUGUAUUAAUGGCACCUGUUUGAACUUGUUAUCAGUAUAAAAGACACCUGUCCACAACCUCAAACAGUCACACUCCAAACUCCACUAUGGCCAAGACCAAAGAGCUGUCAAAGGACACCAGAAACAAAAUUGUAGACCUGCACCAGGCUGGGAAGACUGAAUCUGCAAUAGGUAAGCAGCUUGGUUUGAAGAAAUCAACUGUGGGAGCAAUUAUUAGGAAAUGGAAGACAUACAAGACCACUGAUAAUCUCCCUCGAUCUGGGGUUCCAUGCAAGAUCUCACCCCGUGGGGUCAAAAUGAUCACAAGAACGGUGAGCAAAAAUCCCAGAACCACACGGGGGGACCUAGUGAAUGACCUGCAGAGAGCUGGGACCAAAGUAACAAAGCCUACCAUCAGUAACACACUACGCCGCCAGGGACUCAAAUCCUGCAGUGCCAGACGUGUCCCCCUGCUUAAGCCUGUACAUGUCCAGGCCCGUCUGAAGUUUGCUAGAGUGCAUUUGGAUGAUCCAGAAGAGGAUUGGGAGAAUGUCAUAUGGUCAGAUGAAACCAAAAUAGAACUUUUUGGUAAAAACUCAACUCGUCGUGUUUGGAGGACAAAGAAUGCUGAGUUGCAUCAAAAGAACACCAUACCUACUGUGAAGCAUGGGGGUGGAAACAUCAUGCUUUGGGGCUGUUUUUCUGCAAAGGGACCAGGACGACUGAUCCGUGUAAAGGAAAGAAUGAAUGGGGCCAUGUAUCGUGAGAUUUUGAGUGAAAACCUCCUUCCAUCAGCAAGGGCAUUGAAGAUGAAACGUGGCUGGGUCUUUCAGCAUGACGAUGAUCCCAAACACACCGCCCGGGCAACAAAGGAGUGGCUUCGUAAGAAGCAUUUCAUGGUCCUGGAGUUGCCUAGCCAGUCUCCAGAUCUCAACCCCAUAGAAAGUCUUUGGAGGGAGUUGAAAGUCUGUGUUGCCCAGCGACAGCCCCAAAACAUCACUGCUCUAGAGGAGAUCUGCAUGGAGGAAUGGGCCAAAAUACCAGCAACAGUGUGUGAAAACCUUGUGAAGACUUACAGAAAACGUUUGACCUGUGUCAUUGCCAACAAAGGGUAUAUAACAAAGUAUUGAGAAACUUUUGUUAUUGACCAAAUACUUAUUUUCCACCAUAAUUUGCAAAUAAAUUCAUAAAAAAUCCUACAAUGUGAUUUUCUGGAUUUUUUUUCUUCUCAUUUUGUCUGUCAUAGUUGACGUGUACCUAUGAUGAAUAUUACAGCCCUCUCUCAUCGUUUUAAGUGGGAGAACUUGCACAAUUGGUGGCUGACUAAAUACUUUAUUUCCCCACUGUAUAUUCAAUCCAUGUCUAAAUUGUCUCUAGGCUUAAAAAUCAUUUUUUUAACCUGUCUCCUCCCCUUCAUCUACACUGGAUUGAACAAGUGACAUCAAUAAGGGAUCAUAGCUUUCACCUGGUCAGUCUGUCAUGGAAAGACCAGGCGUUCCUAAUGUUUUGUACACUCAUUGUAGCUAUCACAUUUAUUUAAUCAUAUUUUGGUGAUAUGCACAUCCCAAAUGUCAGAGAACCGGUGCUGGGCAACUUAGAUAAAGAAAUUAGAGGCCUGCAUACAUAUGAAUAGCCCUUUGUGUAUUUUGUAGAUGACAUCAUGUUGUUGACACUCUCCUCCACAGGUCUGAUGAGAUCUAGGGUGAGGGGGGCUGACGCAGCCACUGCCAAUGUUCUUACCUUCCUGGACAGCCAUUGCGAGUGUAACGAACACUGGCUGGAACCGCUGCUGGAGAGAGUGGCUGAGGUCAGUGUGUCCAACAGUCAUCCCUGUUAUUUAGCCCCGCAGUCAGGGACACUGAAACAUACACACACACACCCCUGACAUUUAGCACACACACACCAGAACACAGACACUCAGUCACACACCAGAACACAGACACACACCGGAACACACAAUGUUUAGCAUUGUAUUGAAGCUGCAGCCACCGCUGACUUUGGCCUGAGCUCAGACGCUUACCGUUAUCGUGUUAUUAGCAUUUUAUCUGCUGGUCACUGCGCUGAUCUGUUGAGUUGUGUUGGCAAGUGGAGACAGAGAGAGGAGAGCACACCUGGAGAUUUCUCAGACAGGCAGGAAGACAGACAGACAUGCAUACGCUGACAGAUGGGCAGACAGACUGACAGGCAGGGGGGCAGGCGGGCAUGCGGGCAGGCAGGCGGACAGAGAGACAGACAGACACACACACACUGACACACUGACAGACGGACAGGCAGGCUGACAGGCAGCCGGACAGAGGGACAGACAGACUGACAGACACACUGAUGGAUAAACACACUGACAGACAUUGGGGAUUCAGAGGGGCUGAUAUGAGCACAGGUAACUCCUGUAGCUCAGUUGGUAGAGCAUGGCGCUUGCAACGCCAGGGUUGUGGGGUCGAUUCCCACGGGGGGCCAGUAUGAAAAAUGUAUGCACUCACUAACUGUAAGUUGCUCUGGAUAAGAGCGUCUGCUAAAUGACUAAAAUGUAAAUGUAAAAAUGUAACAUUAGACACACUCACUCAAGGUUCUUAAAUAGAUAGACAGACAGAGGGACAGUUUGGGGUUCAGCCAGGUAGGGUAAACAUGACUAGAGUUACUAAAGAAUGCAAUAUCGACGAGCUUUAAGAGUAUUACCUACGUGUCACUCAGGUGUGGGGAGGAGCUGCCACACUGUCCGUUAGCAAACAAGUGCAUUGCACCAGGACAUGCAUCCUGUUGGGCACCUGCCCAGCAAGGACAGUUCAAAGAGACAAACACACACACUUGCUAACAAACAAAACAACCCAGCCUUUCAACCCCUCUGAAUUUUCCAUUCUUUUUUACUGCAUACACUUGGCUUCAACACUUGUUUAAUGCUGUCUGGUCUGAACACAGUUUAGGAAAAACGAACUAAUAUGAUUUAAUGAGCUCUAACUCACCAUUGGUUUGACAAAACUUCCAUGGAACACAGUCACUGCUGUAGUUCUUUGCUGUUCCAUUAAAAGACUUGGAAUAGUUCUGAAAUGAUGCAAUCCAUCUGAUUCACUCAUCAAAUCAUCCACUUCCCUCUUGGAAAUCUAUUUGUGUUCUGGCUGCGUUAGGCUCAUAUAUUUAAGUACAAAUUUGGACAAACGUUUGACUUGCCGUAGAUCUGUUUUGGACUAACUUUGUUAAGGCUUUUUUCCAGUGCCUGGUUGUGAAAUUAUGCAGUGGUUUUACUGAAUAUUUCAGUCCUUCAGUAAUGCUGAGUUCAGAUCCAGUGGACUGUCUCUCAAUUGGCUUGAAUUGAGAGACCACCUACCUCUGUUGCCCCCAUGCCCAACCAAUAAAAGACUUGGCUUCUUUUGGUUUAAAUUAACAGUUUUGGUGGCAGAGGGGCUUGGAUGUUGGGAGUCUAGCGAAACACUGUAUCUUUGUGUCCCAUCUUAAUCUCUCUUUACUUCUCCCACAGGACAAAACGCGAGUUGUUUCCCCCAUCAUCGACGUCAUCAACAUGGACAACUUCCAGUACGUAGGCGCCUCGGCUGAUCUCAAAGGAGGUAAAUCCUACUCAUCUACGCCAGCAGCUUUCCUUUCCUCUCCAGGGCAGGCUGGCCUUUGGGAAAAUCACACUGCAGUUUUCCACUCGGUACCCAAUGUCACCUUCUGCCAAAGUCUAGGUUUUUUGGUGUGUGGGUCUGGCUGGCUGACUGGCUGUGCGUGCGCAUGUGUGUGAGAGCAAAGAAGAGAAUAAGUACGUGACAAAUCUUGAAAAGGGGAAUGCCCUUUGGAAUGGAAACUAUUUGAUUGAUUCGUCUAGGGAUAUAGGCAGAUAACAUUAGCACAGUGUCGUUGUGCAUUCCCAAGGCUUUUGUGUUCUAUAGGGCUUAUGAGAAGUGUAAUGUACAGCCAUAAGAAAAUAUACGGAAUGCCACAGAUAUGUGAUAUAAUAUCUAUCAGAUAGGCAUUGUGUGUGAUAGUGUGAGGAUAUAAGUGUUAGUAGGAAUACAAUCACAUCUAACAACCAGCACAGCUUUUUCCAGUUGUCAAAAUGACUCAACUCUUGUUCACUUGAAACCUAAUCUGUACCUGGUGUGUGUUUUUGCGCCUCUAGGAUUUGAUUGGAACCUGGUCUUCAAGUGGGACUAUAUGACCCUGGAGCAGAGGAGGGCUCGUCAAGGAAACCCCACUGCUCCAAUCAAGUAAGCCGCCCUCUGCUCUGUCUGUUCUUUCUGCUGCCCUCUCCUGCCAGCCUCACCUCUACUAAUAAUUCAUAGCCACGCAUCUGGGCCCGCUGGAGGAGAUGCUGAGGCAGGCAGCAUUAGAUGUCAGUAGCGUCAGAACUGAGCACUCUGGGGAAUACGGGCCAAAGCUCCUCAAAAAGACCCGGAGCCUUUGAGCCUCUGUCCUGUUUUCUCCCUGACAUCCACGGUGCUGUAUGAUAUCGGAGAGUGCAGUAAACACAGGCAGAGGUGAUUGAAGAUGUUCGUAUUAUCUUAUCCAGCUUUGUCUUAAACGGUGUACGGUGAUGAUAAGGGAGAAGAGGAGAUUUGAUGGGGAUAUUGCUGUGAAAGGAUAUAUUUGGUACAUUGACCUAUUUUGCUGCAAUUCCAUCGAUUGUAGAUCAGAAGAGAGGGUAAAACUUUGAUUUGUUCAAUCAAUAUGAGGUCACAGAAAUGAUUCUGUUUUACUAAGUAACCCAAUGUCAGAAGCAUUCUCAGUAAACCCAUUCAAUUGUUCCAUGGUUUACCAACAGAGGGCAGCAUUUCAUCGAUAUCCAAGGCUAGAAUAUGAAUUUGGCUCUUCGUUUCCUAUAAUUCAUGUUGUUCCUCUUCGCUAGGUGAUGGUAAUUAACCCAAAGGGUAACUCAAGUCAUUAACCCAAAGGGUGACUCAAGUAAUUUUUCAUCAUUUGUUUAGUCUGAAAUCUUCCACUAGAGCCAUGGAUUUCCCAAAAGUUCAUUUGAGAGAACAACAACAACAGACUUUUGUUCAAGAUGCUCAUUAUGUUUUUCUUCCUUUUUGAAAACAAAAUGGCCUCUGAGGAGAAGUGAAGUGUAUUAUUCCCUCCAGACAGCCAGAGGACAGGACACCACAGCCCCCUGUUGCUGCCGGGUUACAGGGCCAGGCUCUGUGCAUCACAUGCUGAUGACAGAACUGUAGGAGAGCUGAACUUGGCUUGACUUUGCUUAGUCUGUCUCACUGUUUUGUCUUAUGGCCCUGACGAACUGUACUUUCUGUCCUACCUCUUUCUCAGGACUCCCAUGAUUGCCGGCGGACUCUUUGUCAUGGACAAGGACUACUUUGAGUUGCUGGGGAAGUACGACAUGAUGAUGGAUGUGUGGGGCGGAGAGAAUCUAGGUAAUAGGACACAGAACACUAGGAACGCUUGAGCUUGUUUGUCAUUGUGUGCCGAGGGAGUGGCCCCACUCUGCCUUUUGUUGGAUUGGUUUACGAUGUCAAUAUGUCAACUAAGAGUUGAGGAGAGACAGGCUGCAUCACUUCUUCUUUUUAUAAGAAACAUGAAUGUGUUGAAAAUCCCAAAUUGUUUGCAUAGUCAAUUUACACACAGCUCCAACACACACACUUACUGCACCAGACAUGCCACCAGGGGUCUUUUCACAGUCCCCAAAUCCAGAACAUAUUCAAGAAGGUGUACAGUAUUAUAUAGAGCCAUUAUUGCAUGGAACUCCGUUCAGAUAAAGCAACACCUCACGGCACAACGUCUCUCCCCUAUUUGACCUAGAUAGUUUGUGUGUAUGUAUUGAUAUGUAGUCAACAUGUGCAAUUUAUACAUUUAUGUAGUUCUUUCCUUGAGCUGUACUUGUCUAUUAAAUGUUCUUAAUUAUGUCAUGUUUUGUGUGGACCCCAGGAAGAGUAGCUUCUGCUUUUGCAACAGCUAAUGGGGAUCCUAAUAAAAUACCAAAUACCAAAUAUUGACAUUGAAGGUACCAACCGUGGGAAGUUAUAGCACAGUGAAAUGUGACUCUAAAACCUUGCCCUAAACCGUUAUAUUAAUGUGUUUUGUGUUUUGACAUUGCAGAGAUCUCUUUCCGCGUGUGGCAGUGUGGCGGCAGUCUAGAGAUCAUUCCCUGCAGUCGAGUGGGACACGUCUUCAGGAAGCAGCACCCAUAUACCUUUCCUGGGGGCAGUGGCACCGUGUUUGCUAGGUGACUAUUUAUUGUCCCUGCGAUGUGAUUUAGACUUGACUAAAGUCUGCCCUCUUCGGUCCAAUAUGUGUAAAAACCUAUUCUACAUAGUGUCAUAUAACAACCAACCAGAGUGAUGGUACAUUAGGGUUUUGAAAUUUGAGCCAUAAAGAAUGCCCACUGUACAGGCUAACAACUGGUAAUUUAGUUAUACCACUAACUUUAACUUUACCCUGAUUUUGCCCUUAACUUUACCGUUCUCAAAGAUCCAAUGAAAUUCAAGCUGAGGCGGCGGGGCGAAUACCUGCUAGCCAAUCAAAUUACAUAACUUGCGGUUGUAGCCCGUAGAGAGCGCCUGUUUCAUUCCUCUGAAAUUCACAUCAUAAUACCGCUGUUCAAGUCUAGCUGAGCUGCAGUCAUUCAAAUAGAGGCGCAGUCAGAGCAGAAGCCUCAGCUCUGCUCUCAUCUAGGGCCCCGUGUAGCUCAGUUGGUAGAGCAUGGCGCUUGCAACGCCAGGGUUGUGGGUUCGAUUCCUACGGGGGGCCAGUAUGAAAAAAUAAUAAUAAUUAUGCACUCACUAACUGUAAGUCGCUCUGGAUAAGAGCGUCUGCUAAAUGACUAAAAUGUAAAGAAAAAUUACAUCUUGGCUUCACCCCUGCAGUGUCAAAACUGUUCCAGUACGCAUGGCAUCGGGGUGAUUCAUCAAUGCGACGAGAGAGAGCGAACAUUCUCUCACUGCCAGUCUGUCACACAGCACUGAAAACCCCACAGAUUGCCAUGUCUUAGGAUGUGUGCUCAUAUCUCAAAAUAGUUUAGAGGAUUGUCACUCUCCCCCUGCGUUUUCUGAAGCUUGAACCGCCACAUCACUUUCUUUUGCCCUGUUCAAAUUAUUUUAACAGGCAUCCUUCAUUGAAGAAAUAACAGAUAUGAUCAAAUGAAUAGGUGCAAGCAGAGGUUCUAUAACGUUGCCUAUAGUUUUUAGGCUACUGUACCAUAACAUGAUCCAAUUAUGUCAGACCAGUGAUUAUUUCAAGGACUGGAAGAAGGACCAGGAAGGACACGUUUUUAUAAGUAUUCUAACAUGGUGUCUAUCUGUCUGUCCACAGGAACACGAGGCGAGCAGCAGAGGUGUGGAUGGACGAGUUUAAGAACUUCUACUACGCCGCUGUGCCCUCGGCCCGAAACGUGCCCUAUGGCAAGUAAGUGUCCUUUCAGACACCCUUCUUCCCAUGAUGGCAUCGCAGACGGCCCUGCUGUCCUUGUAUAGAAUAUCAAAACACAUUUCCCUUUUUCUGACACCUACAGAAUGUCAGAUAGUACACCGUGAGUUAUAAUAUGAUGUACUCUGUUCUUUGAUGUAGUGAUCUCAGUUGCCUCCAAAUGUCAUGCUGCUGCUGUCUAUCUCUCUGAGAUGGCUGGUAAUUAGAUGAGUCAUGGGUUUCCCCUCUAUUUGUCUGGCAGCAUUCAGAGCAGAAUGGAGAUGAAGAAGAGGCUGGGCUGCCAGCCAUUUAAGUGGUACCUGGAGAACGUGUACCCUGAGCUGCGGUGAGUAGAGAGACCACAGUGGACCAGCAAUAAAUUGCUUUGAAAACGGCCAAAGUUGAAUGGAAAGACAUAGCUGUUGACUGUGUUUCCCCUACCAUUGUAUAGGCGGGACAGACUUUGGGGGCCUUUGUGCGCCACUUGGAAAUUAAACUAGGGGAAAGACUGCGGUGGGUGGCAUAUACCCACAUCUUGUGAUUUGACAUCCCCUUGACUUGUGGUGUGUGUCUGGCCCUUCAGGGUCCCUGACCAUCAGGACAUUGCCUUCGGCGCUCUGCAGCAGGGAGGUAACUGCUUAGACACGCUGGGACACUUUGCAGACGGAGUGGUGGGGGUCUACGAAUGCCACAACGCUGGGGGAAAUCAGGUAUCAUUCAGGGCUCAGGUACUGCUCAGAUCCAUACAUAACCAAGCUGUGCACUGGGCUGGGUAACACACAAUGAGGUGGGUUUGCUUUAUAAAUAAAACACCGCCGCAGCUUUUCAGAGGGUCACAGUGCACAUGGCAAAGAGUUGGUCAGGUACUGUACUGGACAGUCAACUAUUGCUUUGAUUGGGUGUCUCCGAUUCAUACUGAUGAAAUCCAUUUUGAUGUCCCACUUACCUCCUUUAUAUUGAUCAUAUACUGAGCUGGAGGAGGGGAUUCUGGGAGAGUCAAGCCACUGUUGGUGUAUAUAUGUGUGUUUUACAACAUACAACAUAUAUACACCACAUAUUCACACUUGACAAAGACAAACGCAUAAAAAAUUGAUCUGCAUAAUCAUUCAGAGGAGUACCCUAAACUGUGCAAAUGUAGCAAUUUGACUGUGGUACUCUCUUUGUCCUCAGGAAUGGGCGCUGACCAAGGACAAGUCAGUAAAGCACAUGGACCUCUGUCUGACGGUGGUGGACCGCACCGCAGGCUCACAAAUCAAACUGCAGGGCUGCAGGGAAAAUGACAGCAGACAGGUGAGCGAGGCGCACACCGAGUCAUGCACCAUGGAUCAGAUCGAUCAAAAAGCACUAGUAGUAAAUGAAAGUGACUGACUGCAGUUAGCAUGGUAAUAUAACAUUAAUUUUGUUUUGCCAUGGAAUGUGGAUUAUGAUGCUUUUUUGGAUAUACACUAUAGAUAAUGCACCAUAAACUCACUAUCAAUGGAAACCAUUAGUGAUUAUAGUACUCACAGUACAUACAAACCUGACACUGAUUUGUACACCCUUGUUUCCCCCAUGUCCCAACUCUCCUCGCUGUCCCCACCUCGUGUGUCGCCAGAAAUGGGAGCAGAUCGAGAGCAACUCUAAGUUGCGGCACGUGGGUAGCAACCUGUGCCUGGACAGCCGCAGUGCACGCACUGGGGGGCUGACAGUGGAGGUGUGCAGCCCCAACCUCAACCAGCAGUGGAAGUUCACUCUCAACCUCCAGCUCUAGAGAGAGAGACAAACAGACAGAGACCGACAGAGAGAGUCCCCACCAACACCACCUCCCCCACCACCACCUCCUGCUCUCCUCCCCGGAGCCACAUAGACUAGAGCCACCCAGCACCAACUACGGACAGACGGACAGACUGAGGCCCCCGGAGGGGCCACAACACACAGAGGGAAGAAGGAUAUGAAAUUACAGACCACCAAGUGGGAUGAUGAUAAUGCUUUCCAUCCAACUAUAUACCUCAGUGUUUCAUCUUUAGUCCUGCUCUUUGGAAAGUGAAUUAGUUAUUUUUCUUAAUGCAGGUGAAAUGGAAUGAACUUUCUGGAUGUUUUUCUUUUUUACAUUGUUCGUUUAAAUUUUUUCUCUCUUUCCACUGAAGUUCACUGCGUUUCUGAAAUGGAUGUGACUAUUAUUUUGUUGUCCUUUUUCUCUCUCAAGUAAUCUAUCUUUGUUGACUGUAAAAGACGUAUUCCAUAGAGGUUCCCUGACUAGACCGAAACGGCCCAGGAAGAAAGCUGAUGGUUUUGGUAUGGUUCCAGUUGGGUUUGGCCCCUUAAAAGUCCUGCUGGUAGAAGGGAAAGGACUCUACGCACUGUUCCUUUCGUUCACUGAAACGCUUCACUCCUGAUUGGUGGGCUGUUCUGACGGAGUGAGCGGUAAAGAGAUGGCGAAAACAAAAUCAGUUUUUUUUUUCCUUCUACAAUUUAUACCACAUUUUCAUUCUGCUCCUGUCACACGUGUUGUAAAAAGGUGCGUCGUCCGAUCAGAAGGGUGUUCUUCACGGGUCUCUCAUGGAUACUUGUGGGGCCAGGAGUUGUCGAGGGUGUGGAUAUUUCACUGCUGGGUCAUCACAGAUUGUAGCACUUGCUGCUACGGCUCUUCAGUCUUUGUCCCGUUUGUCCAUCACAAUUGAAUGGAAAACAUACAAAAUAAAUCUAUAUUUCAGUCAUGUAUUUUUUUUCUUUGCAAAAGCAUUACAGUGUCCAAGUUUAUUGAUUUAUUUUAUUUCUAACAGACAUUUAAUUAUUUGUGUUCAAUUAUACUGUAGAAUAAUCAACUGAGUUAUACAGUAAAUUGAACUGAUUUCUUUAUACUCUUGUUGCUUUCUGACUGUGCUCGUGAGUAAAAACGUAUCUACUUACUGUAUAGAUUUUUUUCCUUUUCGGUGUCGGUGUUACCAUAGUAACUACCCUGUCAUAACCUCAUACAAAUUAUUAUUGGUGAAGAGUUUAUUACAGGAUAAUAUUGGAACCAUAAUUUCCAUUCUCAGAAGUUCUACAAGUGUUCUUGAAAUGUUGUCUCACACACAGUGUAUGUAUACA